AUUCGCUGUUGGACACUUUUAUUAAUUUAUUUGAUUUUAACUCGUUUUUAAUUGAUUUCUUUCUGCAAAAACACGUUCGCGCACCAAAAUUCGUCACGCAAAAAAUCACAUCAAAAGUGCAAUUGACAAAAAGUCGCGUUUAUGAAAAAAAUCAAAGUGUUGUUGUUGUUGUAGUUAAGAAAUAUCUCUCAUCUCCCCAUAUAGCAACGCAUACCGUGUACGAGUGUAAAAAUUGCCUAAUUCGGAGUAAAUUCUUUCAUCUUCUUCUUCUGCUUUUUGGACGAGAGAAACGACGACGACAAGUCGCAAAGUGCCGUGAAAAAUGCCCGUGUUCCACACAAAAACCAUCGAGUCCAUUCUCGAGCCCGUGGCUCAGCAGGUUUCCCGUUUGGUCAUCUUACACGAAGAAGCCGAGGAUGGAAAUGCCAUGCCGGAUUUGUCGCGUCCCGUGCAAGCCGUCAGCUUGGCAGUGACGAAUCUCGUGAAAGUUGGUCGCGAAACGAUCAACAGCUCCGAUGACCCAAUCCUGAAAGCUGACAUGCCUUCGUCUUUGGCUCGCGUUGAAAAUGCCUCUCAGUUGUUGGAAGAUGCAGCGGCGCUUUUGAAGUCGGAUCCUUAUUCGUCGUCGGCGCGUAAAAAGUUGAUCGAAGGUUCUCGCGGCAUUUUGCAGGGAACGUCUUCGUUGCUUUUGUGCUUCGACGAGUCCGAGGUGCGAAAAAUUAUUCGCGAAUGCAAACGCGUUUUGGACUACUUGGCAGUUGCCGAAGUCAUUGACACCAUGGAAGAUUUGGUGCAAUUUUUGAAGGAUUUGAGUCCGUGCCUCAGUAAAGUGUCGCGCGAAGUGGGAACUCGCGAAAAAGAACUCACGCAUCAGGUCCACAGCGAAAUUUUGGUACGUUGUUUGGAGCAAAUUAAAAUUUUGGCGCCAAUUUUGAUCUGCGGCAUGAAAGUUUACAUCCAUAUUGUGGAAAAUGGCGGCGUUGGAGCCGGCGAAGCUGCCGAAAAUCGCAAUUAUUUGGCGUCGCGCAUGAGUGACGAGAUCCAGGAGAUUAUUCGGGUGCUGCAAUUGACCACGUACGACGAAGAUACGAGCGAAUUGGAUAAUGUCACGGUCUUGCGUAAAUUAUGCAAUGCGAUUAAAAAUAAAUUAGAUGCGGCUUUGGACUGGCUUAACAACCCAUAUGCGCUUCGAGGAGGCGUUGGCGAGAAAGCAUUACGACAAAUUUUGGAAAAUGCUUACAAAGUCGCCGAUCGCAGCUUACCUCAUGACGCCAACGUCAUCCGACGUCUGGCAGAUGACAUUACAGCUCAAACCAACGCCCUCUGUGAGUUGCGUCAAGAAGGCAAAGGCACGUCGCCUCAAGCUGAAAGUCUUGCCCGUAGUAUCCGCGAAAAGCUCAAUAACUUGGGAACAGCGAUCCAGAAUGCCGUGAUGGGCGUCGAAAAAACCGGUUUACAACAAGCGGCUCACACGGUUCAAGGUCGCUUGGACCAAGCUGUCAAAUGGAUCCAAAAUCCCGAAAUUGACGAUAAGGGAACCGGUCGACGUGCCAUCGGCUUGAUUGUUGAUGAGGGUCGACGCGUUGCCGAAGGUCUUACGGGACACGAAAAACAAGAACUUUUAGCGUUGUGCGACGAAGUUGACCAGCUGGCGAACCAAUAUGCGAAAUUAUGCGCCGCUGGAUUAGCUUUGACGCCCGAAGGACAAGAAGUCGCGCGUAAAUUGAACGAAAAGUUGCACGAGUUGAAGCAAAAGAUCGGAAAUGCUGUCACGAGUCGCGUUGUCGAAGACUUUAUCGAUGUUUCGACUCCCUUGAAGCAAUUUAUGGAAGCUGUCAAUGUUCCCGAAGGCACUCCAGGACGCGAAUCCAACUUUAAUCAGAAAUCAGCAAACUUGCAAGCGUUUAGCGAUCGUGCUUCGAAGACUUCCCGCAUGGUAGCUGCGAGCGGUUUGGGCGGCAAUAAGCGACUCGCCGAAGUUUUGCUCGCUUCCGCCAACCAAAUUGACAGUUUGACGCCGCAACUCAUCUCCGCAGGUCGCAUUCGCAUGAAUUACCCCGAAAGUAAGGCAGCUGAGGAGCAUUUGAACAAUUUGCGGGACCAAUAUGCCGACACGAUUCUUCGGAUGCGCACGUUAUGCGAUCAAGCGACAGAUCCCGCUGAUUUUAUCAAGGCCAGCGAAGAGGCGAUGCAGAAACACACCUUUUUGUGUGAAGAUGCGAUCCGUAAGGGCGAACCGCAAAAAAUGGUGGACAACACUUCGAGCAUUGCACGUCUUGCAAAUCGCGUUUUGCUUGUUGCGAAACAAGAAGCGGAUAAUUCCGAAGAUCCCGAAUACAUCAGGAAUGUCAAUGGAGCUGCCAAUGGGUUGCAAAAUGCCGUGCCGCCAAUGGUACAAGACGCAAAAGUUGUCGCGACGAAUAUUCAUGAUCCGACAGCGGCACACAAUUGGCGCGAUACCAAUAAGAGGUUGUUGGAUAGUGUGCGUCAAGUGAGAAAUGCAGUUGCGCCGCCACCAGCUGUGCCAUCGCCGCCAGAUCUUUCGAGUCUUCGUAUUGGACAAUCGAAUGCACAGGCACCGCCUCGUCCUCCAUUGCCGCAUCCGUCGUUGUUGCAGGCGCCAACGCGUCCUCCGCCAGCGGAAACUGACGACGAAGGCGAACAUUACUUCAGACAAGCGCCAAGUGCAAAUCAACCUAUUUUGGUUGCCGCUCACGGUCUCCAUCAAGAAGUACGUCAAUGGUCGUCGAAAGACAACGAAAUUAUCGCUGCCGCCAAACGCAUGGCAAUCCUCAUGGCACGUCUCUCGGAAUUGGUUGCGCAAGACACCAAGGGUAGCAAACGCGAGCUCAUUGCAACUGCCAAACUCAUCGCAGAGGCUUCGGAAGACGUUACACGUGCCGCCAAGGAAUUGGCUCGUCAAUGCACGGACAAACGCAUCCGCACAGAUUUGUUGCAAGUUUGCGAGAGAAUCCCAACAAUCGGAACGCAACUCAACAUCUUGUCAACGGUCAAAGCCACGAUGUUGGGAGCUCAAGGGUCCGAGGAAGAUCGUGAAGCCACCGAAAUGCUCGUCGGCAACGCACAAAAUUUGAUGCAGAGUGUCAAGGAAACAGUUCGCGCCGCCGAAGGAGCUUCCAUCAAGAUUCGCUCCGAUCAGUGCAGAUUACGCUGGGUACGUCGUGAUCCCUGGUACCAAUAAAAAGUGUUUUGUGUCGUCCAAAAAACACAAGAAAUGAAAGAAACGUUACGAAAAUCGUUCAUGUAACUAACAUUUUUUACAAUUUUUAAUUUUUUUUUUAAUUCAACUUAACAUGACAAAAUGUUUUGAGAAAACAUUUGACGAAAAAAAUAAUUUUGCAUGAAAAUUAAUAAUAUUGCAUGGAAAAAUUAUUAAUAAAAUAAUUAAUUAAAAAUUUUUAUAUGAAAAAAAAUUAAUUGUUAAACAUUAGA